AUGAAGAGCCCGCGGGAGCUGGCCGACCAGUCCAAGUAUUGUCGAUUCCACCGACAAAACGGACAUGAUACAGAAGAAUGCCGCGAGCUGAAGCGGCAAAUCGAGGAGCUCAUUCGCAGAGGACACCUCAGUCAGUACGUUCAACAAGGUAGGGAUCCAUCGCCCCACCCGGGGGGUCCCAUCGAGCGCCUCAUUAACGUCAUCACGGGCGGCCCGGCGUCCGGUGGGAUCAGCAUGUCCGGAAGGAAGGCGUACGCCCGCUCAACUAGGGACGACGCUCCCCGGCGCAGUCCCGACCCUCGCGUUGCGUUUCCCCCCAAGGGUGCUGAGCGACUGGAGCACGAUGAUUCGCUUGUGAUAAUGGCUCGAAUCGCCAAUGCCCAAGGGCUAACUAAGGAGGCUUUGGAACCUAUCUGCUCGGCGCUCACGGGGUUCACUGGCGACUCGAUCUCACCGUUGGGAGCCGUCACUUUGCCCCUGACCCUAGGAACACCACCCAGAACAAAGACAGUGAUGUCCACCUUCCUAGUGGUGGAUCUUCCUACGGUAUACAAUGCCAUCCUUGGUCGCCCCAUCCUCAAUAGAAUCUGGGCCGUAAUCUCCACCUACCACCAGACCGUGAAGUUCCCGACCCAUGCGGGAACGGGGGAGGUUUGGGGGAGCCCUCAGGAAUCCAUGCAGUGUUAG